GAGGGCUCGGACGAGAAGACAAGAUGAACAUUCAGCCAACGUUUUACACACAGAGUCAGGGGGAUUGAGCCUUUCCCCAGCAGGUUGUCUCCCGACCAAACUUUCUUCUUUAACAGCAGAUAAACGUGCAGAGACAGAAUAGACACAAGCGAGGACAGUCACCAUGCCCAGGCCUCGGCCCGGUCCGCCACCGCAGGACAUUUAUGAAUUCUCCAUGGAUGCGAAGGAGGCUCAGUCUCUCCACUUGCAAACGAAAUCUUUAGAGACGACGUCUCCUCUGAGCAAAUAUAUUGAGACCGAACACGAGCAAGCGGGGCUCUUCUCUCUGUCUCCCUUCGAUGGCACGUCGGACGCCAACGUUGACCAGAAGAAAAGGAGGAAGAAAUGUGGCGGCUGCACUCCCUGCCUCCGCAAAGACAACUGUGGUACCUGCGCAAACUGUGUGAACCGCAAGACGGGCAAGCAGAUCUGCAAGCUGCGCAAAUGUGACCAGCUGAAGAAGAGACGGAAUGAGUGGGAGGUCAGCGAGGUCAGCGAGCGUCUUAAACAGAGGGGGAAGGGCUGUAAAGUCAAGGAGCAGGACGGGAAGAUGCAGUAAAUGGUCAGCAGGGUUGGAGGAGGA